UUUUAAAGCUGUCACAGAGGAGAUAUUAACGAUUUUAACGGGGAAUAAUUUUAGGUUUGUUUUGUCUGUUUUCAUCGAGCGGCGGGUGGAAAGGGACGCCAUUUGCACCCAUCAACAUGGAGAGUAAUGCUAGCGACGAUAAAAGCCAUAACACCAGAGUGUUUUUGGAAAGUCUUCCAAAAGACAUUCGAAAGGACCAAGUGGAUAAAACUUUUUCUCGUUUUGGCAAGAUAGCAAAGGUGUAUCUUAUCUACGAUCCACCGGGUUCGGGCUUUGUGGAAUACUUCGAUGCCCGUGAUGCUGAAUAUGCAGCUAACCAGAUGGAUGGAGCCGAUUUUAUGGGGUCUCGGGUAUCAGCCCGAGUUACAAGAGGAGGGGUAGCCCGUGGUCGCGGCCGUGGCUUUGGUCGAGGUGGUGGUGGCUAUGACAGAGGUGGUAGAGGGGGUGGGGGCUAUUACUCGAGCAGCUACAGCAGCGGCGGCCAGGGCUACUAUCCAAGGGGAAGUGGGGGAUAUAGGGGUGGAUUCUCCAGAGGAGGGGGCUAUAGGGGUUCUGAUAGGGGUGGGGGCUACAAUAGUCGUGGAGGAUAUUCACGUGGAGGAGGUUACUCCAGAGGUGGUGGAGGCUUCUCACGUGGUGGCAACUAUAACCGUGGAGGUGGCUAUUCACGUGGUGGCAGCUACUCCAGAGGGUUCUCUCGUGGAGGCUACAGUGGAGGCUCCAGCAACUACGACAACUACAGUUAUGACAAGUAUGAAAAGUCGUAUGACAAGCCAGCUGAGAACGGCUACUCUCGCUACCCCUCUGGUGACAAGUACAAGUCCCACUAUUCAGAUGACAAGUAUGACAAGUAUGUGAACUACAGCGGGUCGCGCCGGGAGGAGUACCAGCGCAGCCGUUCACCAGUCAGCCAUUCACCUGAUCGAUAUCGUUCUGCCUCUCCGGGCUACCAGCGCACCAGGUCGCGGUCGCCAAUUGGUGGUGGGUAUGGCAGCUCUUCUCGCUACUACCCUGCCUCCUCUCCCCCAUCCAGGGAGGUCAUCCGAACCUCACGCUCUCGUGACUCACGUGGCUAUAGCCCAGACCGGGCUUACUCUCGCAAGGAAUACUCCAGGUAGAAUGAUGUAUGGCAUCAUUCAGAUAUCAACUUGAAUUGAUAACAAAUAUGUUCAUCUUAUGGAGGACGCCGGAGCCCAGUUGAUGGCCACUACUAGAAAACAUUGCAAGUGGGUUUACUUGCAACAGCUAAAUGAUGCUGAGAAAGAGAAGAGGACCUGUAUAACAUACCAGAAAAUUAAUGACUAAUAGGAUUUUAAAGGUUUAUCUCUGUUGUAAAAGUUUUGGAAAAUAAUGUGUAGUGAGUAGCACUUUGGGAAUCUAUGUUAACUCAAUCGGGUUUCACUGAACAUGAGCGUAUUGUUGAUUUAUUUGAAAAAAAUGUAAUGAUGAAAAGUUUUACAGCCUUAUUGUACAUUAUGUGAAAAUUAAAUAAUUAAAGAAAGUAGACGCUAGCAAGAAACUUUCCCGCCCCUGAACGCACAACCUGUACCUAGUAAAAUUUUAUAAUGGAUAAUUAGGAAUAAUUUACAAGUGUUAAGCGCAGACAAGCAAAGACUGCCAAGUAUUAUAAAGUAAUGAACAAUAUGAAGCAGAACAUAAACAAGUUUGGUGUUUCAGGUGAGCACAGGGCUGUUCUGGGUAAGUUGUCAGCUGUGGAACUUUUCUCACCGCAGGCUUGAACCAUUCUCUUGUUAACUUGGUUGGAUCUUAAGAAAUGUAAGGUUGUCUGUAGAGAAUAAUUAUUGCUGAACACAAGAUUUACAAGGGCAUGGAAUCUGCUCUAGGACAUGAGAAUGGUUUAUAGGCUUUUGGAUCCAUUGAAAAUUUUUAAGUAGAUUAACAAUGUGCAUUUUACAGUAAGUUAGUGGUUGAGCAAUGUUGCAUUAAGUUCUAACUGGAUAAGAUAUAGUUUUACAUGUGCUUCUGUAACCUGUUUGCAUUGGAAAGAAAGUCAUGUUGUAUCUGUAAAAUGAAAUUGCAAUGCUCUAAAGUUGAAAUAUUUGCAUUAUCAGUCGAAGCAUAACUUUAUAUACGAAACUUGUUUUACUUUUCUCAUUGUAUCUUUGUGUAGAAAAGGGGAGUUGUGUGGAAGUGAAGCAUUCUCUGUGUAAGAAAAAAUAAAUGCAUAGGCAAGUGUGUGAGUUAAAAGUGUAACCACUUUGUAAUUAUGGAAAGAAAGUGCAACUCGCAUCUGGGUGUUAGUGCCAAUGUAUGGGACACUAGUACAAUAUGGUGACCGUCGGUGCCUAAGAUAAUUGGUUGAAAAGCGGAGUCAAGAAAGAGACUGAUGCAGUACAAGGAAAAUAUAAUCACAAAAAGAAAGAAUAGCUCAGUUUUCACACGUCAUGGCAUCUUAAAAUUGCAAGUUGGUCACGUAAUGGAAAAACAUGGACUGUAUGAAAGGAUCCUGGUGGUGUACACCGAAUUUUGUAUCCAGGUUUACAGUGUAUCUAGCUGGCAAUUUCUACUUUGUACCCUUUACCAUUUUUUAAUGGUAGUGCAGUACAGGUCACAAAGAGAACAAGAAAGAAAAAUUUAAAUUCUAUAUUUAAUUUUUAGACUGUGACAAGCUGUGGUGCUUCUUUAAGGAGGCACACUUUGAUAAUAAACUACUGGUCAUGUUUUGACUGUUUAUAUUUCCACUUUGAAAUUGUACACCUUUAAUAAAUGGUUUAAAAGUCC